UCUAAAUGAAAACAUUGGUGACAAGACAUUUCGUUGCGGAGGCUUUUCCUGAUGCCAGGGUGCCCGGCUGGUCAUUUUGCAGACUUUCCCACGAUGUCACGCUCUGUAGGCUUGUCCAUUCGAGCAUUUGCGGCAGGCCAUGCUUGUUCUUCCGAUGGUUCACGCGUCUCGCGUCGGUCACGCUUUUCGAAUUGUUUAGCGACUUCAGCAUCUGCCGGUGGUUGGCAUACGAUACGACUUUGCUGAAAGUGCUUCGCCACCGCAACGCACAUGAUGGGUCGAGCAUCAAAACAUAGCGCCACGGAUCACUUCAGUACCAUGGAAUGGCCAAUUGCUCAAGUCCUAAGAAAGAAGGUCGAUGGAGACAGGACGCUGUACCUAGUCCGAUGGAAACCUACAAUGCUCAAUCGCAACGAAGUCCACCUCGGAGACAAUGGCAUCUCAUACGCCUUCUCCAAUGGUCGGGAAUGGGAAAUCGAAGACGUCACGCGCUGCAGCGGCGGUGUGUACGAAGUGACCUGGACCGACACUUGGCAAGAAUACAGCGACCUAGCCGGAACAGAAGACGACUUAAUCGCCGACUUUGAGGCCGGCGUCCUCCCGCCUGAAGAAGCUGCGGAGUAUGCGUCAAUGGAGAUGCCGUUUGAUAUCUUCGUACCGGAUCCCAAUGCGGAUUAUACCGAUAGUUUUGUGGCGAAGCUCACGGAUGAGUUGAGGAAUGGGGAGGCGACUCGGAGGAAGUGGCAGAAGGUUCCGAUUUGGGUGGCUUGUUUGGAUUUGCCUACGCGCAAUCGGUUGGUGUUUCGGAAGGGGUAUAGUGAUCGGAGGAAUGUCGUGAAUAUGUUGCCGGAUACGGCGAGGUUGGAACAUCGCAGGAUUUUGUCGAUUCAUCGGACGGGGAAUGCGAUGGCUAGGGGGUGUGAGGAUUGUAGGGAGGGGAAAGGUGCAUUGCGGCGGUGUGUGGUCGAUCGGCAUGGUUCGGCGUUGAAUGGGUCUUGUACGAACUGCAGUAUUGGGGGGAGGAUGGCGACGUGCUCGUUCAGUGGCAGAGUGCGGAAAGUGAGCCACGAGGCAGCACGCACGAGCAAUGCAAUUGUCAAGAUCAAGAAGGAGUCUCGUGAUCAGUUUGGCAAGGCUCUGUACAAGCCGGCAGCUCCUUCGGCAAAGCGUGCACUCGAGUUCGAAGACACAUCCUCGGCAGUCAAGAAGCGAGUUGCACGUCCUAUAGCUUUUACCACAUUUACGCCGCCAGCUACAGACCACAAUGAUCGUCUGGCUUCGGAGCAGCUUCUGGACGACAUCAAACGUGAGACGUCCGUGUUCACCGGCGUUUGGGAUGAUAUGGCGGCCAUCAAACGUGAGACAUCCGUGUUCACUGGGGCAUGGGAUGACAUGUAUGUGAGUAAUCACAUUGGUGGCCCUGCCGACUGGAGCUCUCCAAAUGUCAAGGACGAGGAGGGACAGGUCCGAGGUGAUGAUGAUGACGAUGACGAUCUGAAAGUGAUGGAUGCGGAUGCAGUCGAGCCUGGCGAGCAGAAUCAUGUUCAGGAGAUGGAGAUCAGGCAGCCUUCCUCGAAGCGCGCGCCGAAGCCGUCGAUGGAUGAGGCGGAGGAACGCAAAGCUCCAUCAGUCUCGCUACCCAAAGCGGACGCAAAACCUCGCAGCGCUGAGGAAGUACGUCGCAAUCUGCUGGCGCGGUUUCAGAAUCCUGUCAGCUCGAGCAAUGCUUUGCCGCCAUCGGGAAGCCGAAGGUCGCAAAGGAGACGUGAAGCGAAGCGUGCACGCAAGGCAGCGACGACGGCAUCACUUUUGGAAGUCAGCUCAAAGCCGGCGUCACAAUCCUCCGAUACGUCCACCAACGCUGUGACUAUGACGGACUUGGAUGUGGAAGCAGCACAAGAUCUUCUGGACCGCUGUCUUCCGCAACAGUGGAACAUGUUAAUGAUGGCUUGGGAACUGUGGAUGCAAGAGUGUAAGGAGGAAGGCAAGGUGCAGCCUUUCACGAGUGGUUAUCACUUCUUUGCGGCGGUUUGGAUGGAUGAGUUGAGGGCUGGUGCGGUGUAGAGAUCGUCAGCGCAGGUGUGCAUUGCUUCAGCUGGCUGAAGAGUGCGAGCAAGUGUUGUAGACAUCAAUGGCUGGACACGGGGUUGAUUUCUUGAGCGUAUGCUUCCAUCCAGAAUCAAGAUGGGACGAGCUGUUGAGAAUUAAAGUGAGUGUUGCAAGAACG